UCUAAAGUGAAGUUGCCGCCGCGCCGAUAAGCAUCCAAAUUUCCAUCAUUUUUUAGUAGUUUAACCCACUUUAACGUAUAGCUACAAGUUAACAAGGAGUCUUAAAAUCUAGAAGUCAUGCCACUCACAAACAAGACUAAGGUGAUGCUGGCAGUGGCAUUCUCUGUCACUGUCACCGGUUUGAUGGUCACGGCCAGUCUGCUUAGAAGACGCAAACGUCGUAAGCAACCCAGGACCAUGGUCAGACCUAUAACUAAUGUUUUUUCUAAUGCAGAUACAGCUAGCAGCAACCAGCAGCCUCGUCCCUACUCUCGUCAGUUGACCAGUUCCCCCAAGGCGGCCCCCAGACAGAAAGUGCCACCAAUGAGGCCACAGUCCAUCUCGAGUGCCCGGGCGAGUAAAGCCAGCUCCAUCAGCUCUCUGUCGAGCGUUAGUACUCUGCGCAGCGGAGGGGCUGGUGGUGGUAGCGGAGCUCUGACGCCGAUCAACACGUCGGAUAUGAUGACGGUGGAAGGAAUGUUCAAUCUAGGUAAAGAGGCAUUUGAGAGGGCUAUCAGCUACUGGAGAACUGCUCUUCAUGUGCAACACCAAUCACAAACUGAAAUAGAUGGACAGAUACAGGAGCCAGUCGACUCCAAUUUCAUCAGUCAGCUCGAGAAGUUAGUAGAAGCUGUAGACAGCCUCCGUCCCGAGAUGGAUGAUACAGCUAACAGGUUAUCGGCUUCUAAUCUCGGUGACCUAUCCCUAGACAUCAGUCACGUUAGCAAUGCAUCAUGGGAUAGGGAUUUCUCUCGUAGUAUCAAGAGUGGUGACAGUGCCUCGGACUCAGACUCUUUUGUAUCGGCAGCAGAGCUUGGAGACCUUUCAUCACUCACCAGUGAGCUGAACUUCUUCUCUGGAGAUGAGAGCUCUCCAGAGCUGUAUAUCCGAGCUCUGAGGGUGGUCAAAGAGGGCGGUGUUCAAGCAAGAAGACUCAGAACUGAGGUUUUGCAGUGUUCCAGUGAUGAGGACUUCCUUGCUAAGCUACAUUGUAUUCGCCAAGCCACCAUAGUUCUGUUCCAAGAUAGCAGCGUCAAAGACUACUUUUCAGACGUCGGCCUGCAACUGACUGCUGAUCUUUUGUGGCACGCAAACUAUGACACUCAAGGAUUUAUCAAGGCUUACGAUGAGAUGAUGUCAUAUGUGAAAGACCAGAGCAGCUGGAAAGACAUUGAACAGGAGCUUAAUGGGAGGAAGGUGAAAUUCCUUUCGUUCUAUGACAUUGUGCUGGACUUCUUUCUUCUGGACGCCUUUGAUGACUUGGCCAACCCACCCUCGUCCAUUCUAACUGUCAUUCAAAACAGAUGGCUGUCAGAUGGAGUCAAGGAAACAGCUCUUGCUACAGCUGUUUGGUCCGUGCUAGCGGCAAAAAGAAGAAUGCUUCAGAAUCCUAACGGCUUCCUAGCUAAGAUGUACAGUAUAUCACAUAGCAUGACUCCAGCAUUAGCAUGGGGGUUCAUGGGUACUAACGAGGAGUUGAAGACACUCAUGAUCUGCUUCAAGGAACAAGUUACGCAAUUUUGCAGAGACAUCUUCUCGUUAAAACGGUGCAGAUACUCCUCUAUACCCGAGCUUUCAGAAGACAUCUAUUCCUUGGCCAGAGAGUAUGGCACCAUCAUCAAUCAAAAAUUGAACGCAAGCUGAGUAAGCUGAGUGUUUUGAGGAGCAAGGUAAUUCCGACGGAAAGCGAACAUCCUUGCGGUAAUCAAUAUGAUAAUUACCUGCCGAUGCAUUCAUUACUCACUUUGAGCUAUAUUGCCAAGUGCGGUGGAUUUCAGAGAGAGAAACAUCAGAGAUAAAUCCUUCGAGAUAUGGGUAUUGACAAGGGCAUGUAUAUUUGUGAUUGCAUCUUCAAGCUCCAAAAUACUUAAAAGCGGGACUGCACUACUUGUAGCUACUUGUGCACUCUACAUAGCCAACUAUGCCUAAUCCCCUUAAUCCCCCAUGGUCUCCUUUUUCUUAUGUUAAUUGAGAGCUGUUUUGAUGAGAUAACCACCUGCCAGUGACCACGCAGGGAGGUCUAAUCCCUCCUGGCCAAACUAGUGCAGACAGUCCGUAACAAUCUUUCCCUAACCAUCCCCUGUGAUGCUGCAACGCUAGUUUACUCGCUGUGGACCACGUUAAGUUAUUUUUUGUUGUUGCUGAAAAUGAGGUGUUAAUGUAUCGGUUAUGUAGUAGAGUUUAAACAUCACACCUAUAGUGGCCUGGACCCCAUCUUAUAAAGAGUUUAUAUUGAUCGCAACUUAUCAAUCGCAACUAUGUAAAUAAGAGAUAGGAGACUGCAAACUUGCGAUUAAUUGGAGGACUUGCGAUAAGACAGUGCCCCAGUGUUCCAUGACUGAUUUUUAAGGUUUGAAUUGAAAUUUCAAAACAUGAAAGCUGAAUCGAGCAUGUUUUCAAAAUGCUACUUAUCAAAAGGAAUACAUGUCUUAAUCCAAUUCAUGCAUUAUUAGCCUGAGAAAUUAUUUAAAUCCAAUAAUCAUAAUGAUAGUCAUUUAAAACAAAUUAUAUAACAAUUAUAAAAAAGAGCAGAAUACAUUAAACGAUAUCUCUCCAUUCCAAAAAAGAAUAUAUCCUAAAAUAUCUCAAGAAGUAAUGUGUCAUUCCUAUACAACAUACAUGGACAAUGUAUAUUCCUGUUAUUAACAAUAAACUGUCAAAAGAGUGAUACAAAACAUAAUACUUUGUAAUUUUGCACUCACUUGAAUAGAUUUAGAGACUCACUGUGGACAUAUAAUCACUGCCAUAAUGAUUAACUGUUUUCAUGCCACGUGUAAACUUGCCAUGUUUUAUUGUGCCAUAUUUGGUAGGUUAAUCUAGUAGCAAACUUUAGAGCUGUUUUUAUUCUUUCUAUUUGCUAAAAAAUAUGGAACACAAAAUUUUACAGUGCUCAUGCGGUAUAGGACUUACAUUUUUUCCCCAUUAUUCCUUUUUUGGAAAUCAUCCGUAAGUUUGA